CUACCGGCACAUAUAAGACCCUAGUCACACUUGGGAGAUGAGAGGGGAAGGCGCCUACAGCAAGAUGGAUGUGGGCAGCAAGGAGGUCCUGAUUGAGAGCCCACCAGACUACUCGGCAGCCAACCAGGGCCGUUUUGGCAUCAUCCCCUGCUGCCCUGUGAGCCUCAAACGCCUUCUCAUUGUGGUCGUGGUGAUAGUCCUUGUGGUCGUGGUGAUUGUAGGGGCCCUGCUAAUGGGUCUUCACAUGAGCCAGAAGCACACUGAGAUGGUUCUGGAGAUGAGCAUUGGGGGACCGGAAGCCCAGCAGCGCCUGGCCCUGCAGGAGCGUGUGGGCACCACUGCCACCUUCUCCAUUGGCUCCAGUGGUAUUGUAGUGUAUGACUACCAGCGGCUCCUGAUUGCUUAUAAGCCAGCCCCAGGAACCUGUUGCUAUGUCAUGAAGAUGGCUCCGGAGAACAUCCCAAGUCUUGAGGCUCUCACUAGAAAGUUCCAGAACUUCCAGGUCAAGCCUGCAGUGUCUACCUCUAAGCUGGGCCAGGAGGAGGGCCAUGAUGCUGGCUCAGCAUCCCCUGGGGACCUGGACUUCCUGGGCACCACAGUGAGCACCCUGUGUGGCGAGGUGCCCCUCUACUACAUCUAGGACCCCUCAGGGCCUGUGGAAGCCCCAAGUGAAGAGGAAAGAUCCAUGCGCUAAAGGUCUUUUGCAGAGAGAUAGCAAGCUGCUCCUACCCACACCACAGGGACUGGAGCUGGAGAAAUGGGAGCUGUGGGGAGAGGUGGGAGCGGGCAGAAGAGAUACGGCUCCUAGGGCCAAGGGGCUCCUACCACGAAAGAAUAAAGCAGCCUGAUUGAAAAACAAA